AUGAACCACAUAUGGAGCCAUGCUCUUGGCGGCGAUGCAUCUAGAGAUGUCCACGAAGUUCGCAAGUGGCUCGACCAGAGAGCCUUCCUUCUCCGAAGCAUAUCCGCUGAAUCCUUGACCUAUGCAUCCCAGUACGACGAAUAUACAUGUGAAUGGUUCCAGCAGGAUCUGCUUAACUUCACUCGUGGUGACAAACAGAUACUCGCUAUCACUGGUCCACCUGGAUGUGGAAAGUCAGUACUUUCUAGCUGGAUUGAGGAGAGAUUACAACGCCGUCUAGGCCAAAAGACGCAUAGCACCGUGAUUUUCUCUUUUGAUUCCGACGUUCCCAGCGAGACAACAUCGCUGGCUCUGGCAAAGAGUCUGGUGCUUCAAUUGAUGGAUAUUCGUCUUGGCAAUGUUCACAUGUUCAAGGCCAUCGUCCAAGCCUACAACAGCAGUAGCUCUGCUGACAUGGAGCAUCACUUGUGGAAUGCUAUCGAUGUAGCCUUCUCUGACUCAUCUGAGCCUACCAUGAUCGUCAUCGACGGUCUGGAUCAGCUUCGUGACAACAAGAAGCAGGUCUGUGAGCGUAUAUCGAAGCUCUCGACUGCCCACCACUCCCUCAAGUCUAUUAUUCUUUCGAGAACUAAGACGCUUCCUGAGACUUGGCAGACUUUUGAAAUCAGUCCCGAUCAUGUUCAUGAUGACAUUCAACACAUAGCCAAGCACCGGCUACAGAGCUGUGCAGCUUAUCGAAAGAAGAAUGAUGCAGACCGACAAAGACUUCUGGAGGACGUGACCAAGAAAGCCAACGGCUCUUUCCUUUGGUUGCUAUUGGCCAUGGAUCUGCUCAGAUCUCCAAAGUUACCGGAGGACCUGGACGCGAACUUCAAGCAGCUCGAAGGAACUCUCGACGAGAUGAUCAAAAAACGUGCUGGACUUGUUGACUUCGCGGACAGUGACGUGAAGCUUAUGAUCUCAUACAUGAUGGUCACUGAACGACCUCUAUCUGUACACGAGCUCUAUGAUGUUCUUCAAGUCGAUCUGCAGAAGAAGGUCAACACACGUCGCGAGAUCGAUCUCAAAAGCAAGUUCGAGAAGACAUUUGGACUUCUACGUCCUGAUAAUGCAGGUCUUGUUAAGUUCAUGCAUCCCGCUAUCAGAGAGCAUUUUAUUGCAUUGCAGAUAAAAGGAGAACAUCUGCUCCCCCACAAAGAAGCCCAUACGGAUCUGACCUUGAGGUUACUCACCUACAGCAAGGCCUGUCUGACAAAGCCUUAUGAUGCCUCGCUCGAGCCUCUACCGCAAGGCGACGUUCAGCGUUUGUUCACAGAACACGAUCUGUUGGAGUAUGCUGUCCGGAACUGGAUAAUCCACUUCCGUCAGUCCACUCUGUUCAAACCGACCGGAACAUUUGGCUUGUCGAACGAUGUCAAGGCUACCUUCCCGACUAAUUUGCUGAUGCCAUUGCUGGAAUGGACAUGCUGGGAUGCACAGUUCCCAACGACCGAGCUGCUACCUGUGCACGAUCUUGCCCUGCGCAUUCGUUCCGAAGUAUUCCAGGAAAAGCAUGUCUCCACACUACAGACUGCCAUCACCUGUGCCUACGUGUACCAUAUGUACUCGUCCCCAACAGCAGCUGCACCUUACUUCGUUCGAGCAUCGCGGGUCUGCCAACACGUCCUGCCGAAACACAAUCGCAUCACAGUCACUUUGACCGAAACCUUCUUGACCAUCACGGACUCGAUGAAGUUUACUAGCCGUACAGAGCUUGUAACAUUCAGAGAGGAGAUGCUCAAGUUCAUCAUUACUGCUUAUAAGGAGACUCAUGGCGAGACCAGCGAUGUUGUCAUCCGCUUCACUAAGACUCUAGCUGAGAUGUAUGUCUCAAUCCAUGAAGAAGAACACGCAGCAGUGUGUUGGAAGGGGCUUCGUACUGUCAUCAUCAAGAAGCACGGAGAGGGCUCUGAUUUCGAGAGAGAAAUAUCAGGCAAGCUCAUGAUUGUUCUGAAAGCCGACGAGGACCAAGCAAUUGGGACUUAUGUCCAUGAUGUGUUCUCCGUAGGCGGAGAGAGCACCACUGUCUGGAAUCUUGCCAGAUUUCAGAUGUUCUUGAAGCUUGCGCAAGGCUGCGAGCAUCGCAAAGAGUUUUACGAAGCCGAAGAGCUAUACGUUACUCUCUGGACGCGUCUACUAGGAUUAUGCACAGAUCAACACUCGCACGAUGUUGAGAUGCGUAUCAGUAUGCUUCAAAUUGCCGUCGAGUACGUCCACUUCUUGACAAGACAACAACGCAAAGAGGAAGCAAAGAACAUACUCAUCGUCCUGUGGACCGAACACAAGCACUUUGGAUGCGAGUCUGAAGCUUUCUAUCAGCAGCUGAUGACCAUCGGUAAGCUUAUGAGAUCCCUGGAGCUCCACAACUUGUCGAUAUCUGUCUUUGAGCGCGUUUCAAACUUUUUCAAAGCAGUCGGCAAGUACGAGAGCAGCUAUGCUCGCGAAUGCGAAGAGACAAUGAUCGCAAUUAUUCAGGAGACCUCAGAGAAUCAGUCAUCCUCUUCUUCUAGAAGCGAAUCAACGGACGAGAUGGAGACCAUCGUCCGCAGAAUGUUCACCUCCUCGACCACUACUCUGUCUCAUGAAUCUAUCAAAGUCGCGAGAUCCGCUGUUCAUAUGUACAUGAAGCAAGAAAGCUGGUCCGAGGCCAUCAGUCUUCUGACCAGAGCGCUUGACCUUAUGCACUUCACAGGCUCUUGGGGAGGUGGAGUGUGCUUACCUAACGAUUACGCUGAUGAGUCCAUUGAAUUCGCUCUCGAGCUCGGAAAGUGCUACACUGGAAGCAAGCGCCACUCAGAGAGCUUGGCGGUAUACCUUCAGCUAUGGCAAGCAGUACGAAGCUCCUGCAGCAUCGACGACAAACGAAGAACCGUCAUUCUGGAUGUUCUCAUCCAGAAUUACACCGAGCAUAAGAGAUGGAGAGUUCUGGUAGAGCUUCACAAAGAUCUGCUGCUGGAGUACCGCAGGUAA